AUGUUCCACUUGAGUCGCGAUCUGAACCUUAUCUGCUUCCAAAUGUAUCACGUACACAAUACAGCAUAUAACAUAGAGAAUAUAGUAUAUCACAUACUCGAUACAGUGUAUCACAAUAUAGUAUAUCACAUACUCGAUACAGUGUAUCGUGUACACAAUACAGCAUAUAACAUAGAGAAUAUAGUAUAUCACAUACUCAAUACACUCUAUCACGCCGCCGUUGCAUAG